UAAAAUAAUCGACGCUCGCUCUCUUUUGGCGGACAACAAAAACAACAAUAGUGCGCGCACUCAGGACGCUAUAGACAAACUCGAUGAACAAUUGAAAGAGACAAGCGCGAAGUUGGCCAAUGUAAGACGCUGCAUCAGGUCAGCGCCAAAUGAAAGUGUACGCAAUUAUUAUUUGGAAAAAUCUUAUUCUAUGGUAAGGGAGCAGUGUACGCUACAAAGAAUACGCAAUGAUUAUAGAAAUCGUUUGAUAAGUGCGCUGGACAUGAGCGCAGCAGCCGCCAACAAGCCAGAGGGUAGAAAAAACGUUAAGCUGUUUGAUCUGUUUAAUGAUGAGCCCAAAGUGACUGUGCAGAAAAUUAAUCAAAGUCAUACUGUAGUAACUACAACUACAAUAAAAAAAAAGGAUGAGCAGCCAAAAGCAGAAAAGAAGCGCCAACCAGAUGCUAAACCCAAAAACUUAACUAUUACUAAUAAUGUGGAGUUACUGGCGCAUUUGAAAGCUUUGCGGGAGUAUGCAAUGUAUAUGGAGAACUUUGAAGCGAUUGUUGCGCUGCAUAAGCUGGAAAAGAUAUUUAUAAAUGCAGCAAAUGAUAAUGAGUUUCAAUAUGAAAAAACGCAAGUUAAGUUAAAGUAAAAAGUCUACAAAUGCUGAUUUGAAGUUGUAAAUAUGUAUAA